AUGGUAAGCCACAGGAAGUGUGGAGAAGUCGCAAAGAUGAGAUCUUUGACAAGAAAGUUUAAAACGAAUGUGUAUGGGCCAUGUCUAAGAUACGAACCUGAGCUGGCUGGUAACGAUUUACCCGUGAAGUCGCAUUACUCUCAGAUGUUUGAUUACAUGGAUUGCGACCAGUACGAGGAGACAGUUACUUACGCUCAGUUCUUUGUAGUGGUCGUGGUUAAAUUUGUCUACGCGAGCGAGCAUGAGUGGGGCGGCAAGAAACUGGUUCGUUCCUUAUUGUCGAAUACGCUUGAAAUCGAUAAGAUCUCACCUCUGACGAAGUUGACGGCAGAGGACAAGGCCAGCAUCGUCCAUGGCCUCGUGGAUCAUUUAAUGAAUAAGAGGAAGACUCGGUCGGAGAAAAGAUGGGUUCCUUUGUUAUUUCUGUCAAGAAAACAAUAAUGGGAAGUCAGACGAUUCACUGAUGAAGACUAUUCGAGAUGGUUUAGUUGA